UAAUUUCAGAAUGUUGAACGUUGGUGAUAGUGUUCAAAUUGCCGGAUGUUCAACAAAGAAACGCUUACUGGAAACUUCAAGUGGUUGCGAUUCAUUUGACACACUCAUUGGAGGAGCUUUAGUUAAUUCAAGUAUUGUUCUCAUAGACGAGUAUCGUUCUCGUUGCUAUGGAUCUUAUCUCAUUCGUUCAUUCCUCGCAGAAGGACUUCAUCAUGGUCAUCGAUGCUUCAUUGCGGAUCCCACGGAAGAUCCCAAAGAGAUCAAUCUCAUACCAUCUAGAAGAACAUCCACGGAUAUGCAAAAUCAAGAAAUUCCAAAUUCUCUGCCGGCAGAAAAUGAAAACUCGAUGAAAAUUGCGUGGCGGUAUGGAAAUGUAAAACAAGUUUCCUCUUCCCUUGGACCAUUAAGCAACGAAAAUCAGUAUGACUUUACGAAGCAUGUAGAGAAUCCGAAUGUUGACGUGUAUGCGGAGAAAGUUUUUACGCUAAAAGGGAUUUACGAGACGCUCUGCCAAAUUGUAAAAGAAAAUGAAGCUCACACAAAAUCCGGCGGAAGAGGUGGACCGAAAAAGAAUCUUCUUCGAGUGGUUCUGAAGAAUAUCGAUAUGGAAAUUUGUGAAGAUUACAAGUUCCUUGGCCGAUUCCUGUGCUGUCUCCGAUCUUUAGCUCGUUCGAGUUACAUGAUUGUAUACAUCACGGCUAACUCCUUCAGAGUUCCGAAACCAACUUGGCGUAUACUGGAAUCCGCAGCUGAUACACAUAUUCAACUGAUGCCGUUUGAUGAAAAUGAGAAGAAAAUGUUCAAACAUCUUGGCACUGCUCAUGGAUACUUCCAUUUGAAGAGUUUGCCCCGAUUGAUGUCCGUUGGAACACACACUCCACCGAUUCUCGAUCUUAUUUUUGAAGCAAGUUCCAGAAAAGGUUUCCAAAUUCGAGUGAUGCAUCUUCCACCUGCAUUUGAUGAGCCAGCUCCAGGUCAUCAAAAUACUCCAUCUUGCCAGAAUAUUGAUUUUUGAUUUUCUCGAUCAUGUUUAUUUGUUGUUGGGAUGUUUGAAUGUUGAAUUUUAAAGUAUUUAAUUUAAAGCAUAAAAACGUCUUCUAAAU